UGCCACGGGCGGUGCAGUUCCGGUUAGGCGGCAGAGUUUGUUUACGUUGCUCGCAGGUCUAGCCGCGGCCUUCCCCCAGCUCAGCCUCCAAGAUGGGGAAAUCCUUUGCCAAUUUCAUGUGCAAGAAGGACUUUCAUCCUGCUUCCAAAUCCAAUAUCAAAAAAGUAUGGAUGGCAGAACAGAAAAUAUCAUAUGAUAAGAAGAAACAAGAAGAGUUAAUGCAACAGUAUCUUAAAGAGCAAGAAUCAUAUGAUAAUAGAUUGCUUAUGGGUGAUGAACGAGUAAAGAAUGGCCUUAAUUUCAUGUAUGAGGCCCCGCCCGGAGCUAAAAAAGAAAACAAAGAGAAAGAAGAAACAGAAGGAGAGACCGAAUACAAAUUUGAAUGGCAGAAAGGAGCCCCACGAGAAAAAUAUGCCAAAGAUGAUAUGAACAUCAGAGAUCAGCCCUUUGGUAUUCAGGUUCGAAAUGUGAGGUGCAUUAAAUGUCACAAAUGGGGUCAUGUGAACACAGAUCGAGAAUGUCCUUUGUUUGGUCUUUCUGGAAUCAAUGCCAGUUCGGUUCCCACUGAUGGCUCAGGGCCAUCGAUGCACCCCUCGGAGCUAAUAGCGGAGAUGAGAAACAGUGGGUUUGCACUGAAACGAAAUGUACUGGGGAGAAACUUGACCGCAAAUGAUCCAUCACAGGAAUAUGUUGCAAGUGAGGGGGAAGAAGAUCCAGAAGUCGAAUUUUUAAAGUCACUAACCACCAAACAGAAGCAGAAACUUCUCAGAAAAUUGGAUCGACUUGAGAAGAAAAAAAAAAAGAAAAAAGAUAGAAAAAAGAAAAAGCUUCAGAAGAGCAGAAGUAAACACAAAAAACAUAAAAACAAAUCGUCUUCUUCCUCUUCUUCCUCAUCCUCAUCCUCCUCCUCUUCUAGCGAGACUUCAGAAAGCAGCAGUGAGAGUGACAACAAAGAAAAGAAAAUACAUAAGAAGAAAAGAAAGAAAAGCAAGUGUUCAGGGAUUAACAACGGUGAUUCUGAAGAGAAGGACAAGUCUAAGAAGAGAAAACUUUACGAAGAACUUUCUAGCAGUCACGAGAACAAGGAAAAGUCUAGGUUUUUAAAACAAGAGAGUUCUGGGGAGAAUAGCAGAGGGAGCCAUUGUGAUUCUGACAGAAAGAGCAAAAGCCACAACCAUGGCCCCGAGAAGAGAGGAUCUGAGAGAAAUGAGAGGAGCAGCAGGAGCCGGAGCAGGGAUGAGAAGAGUCGGAGAAGCCGGAGCAGGGAUGAGAGGAGUAGGAGAAGCCGGAGCCAAAGUCACAGCAGUUACAAGCCAAGAGACACAAGAAAGCAGUCACAGCGAAGCCCCAGUGAAGAGCGGAAUAGAGGACAUGACACAAGAAGCCAUGGCGCAGAUCCAUACAGAGGAGAAAAACUACAGAGAGAGAAGGCAGGAGAGAAGCGUACUAGAGUAACCCAAAGAGAGCGAAGCAGGAGUAGAGAGAGAAUGAGGGAGAGACUGUAUCUGACAACUACCUGGGAAUAAAAAGAUCUCCACUUUCUUAUUGAACCUUUAGCAAGGGCUAAGUUAUGUACUAUUGUCUUUCUAAUAAAAAAGCGCUAUUUUAAUUUUCCAUCUCUGUAAAUAGUCAUAUCAAGUACAAAACUACAUAAGUCCCAAAGGGUGAAAUUUGCAAAUAUUUGUAAGUAAUCCAUUUGGGGACUGUAAAAAUAUUUUCUGUUGAUAAUGUCUCUUGUGCCCUAUACUAGAUAAAAAUCCCAUGUAACUCUGUGACAUUUUCUUUGUUCUGAAACAUCAUUAAAAGAGUAACAGUACAUUGAA